UGAAAAUGACCCAUAUUGUUUCCUUUAGUGUGCAAGCUAAAUCGCUAGGGGAAAACAUACAUUUUUAACAAGUAACUAUUAACUAACCUUACUGGUAGAACCAGUGGCCGAGGGUUGAUAGCUAGCUAAAGAUUUUCGUAUGAAUGUUGACCAAAGAGAAACAGUGUAAAACGUCAUUUAUGCGACCACGUCAUCAUUACGCGUCAGAUUUAGCACAGCGGAACGAGUGGUUGAGCCUGCAUCCGACUCGAACGAAAUGGCACCGUCACCCACAAAGCGUAAGGAGGAGGAAAAGUCAAAGGACAGGGGAAAGAGAAGACUGCCACAAAGGAAGGGGGGACAAGGAGAGAGGCAGGGAGAAGGGCCACAAACGACGCAGUGCAUCCACUGGGAGCAGCAGCAGCUCCAGCAGCAGCUCUGGCUCCAGCUCUGGUUCCUCCAGCGGCUCUAGUUCCUCUGGCACCAGCCGCUCUGGGUCUUCCCGGUCCAGCUCCUCCAGCUCAUCUAGUUCCUCUGGGUCACCCGACCCCGGCCGCCGCCACGACAACCGUCGCCGCUCCCGCUCCGCGUCCAAAACACAGAAGAAGGGAGAUGACAAGGAGCGAAGGAGAAGGAGCCCGAGCCCCAAGCCCACCAAAGUUCACUUAGGAAGACUGACCAGAAAUGUGACCAAGGACCACAUCCAGGAGAUCUUUGCCACCUACGGCAAGAUCAAGAUGAUUGACAUGCCAGUGGAGAGGCUCCACCCAAACCUGUCCCGGGGCUACGCCUAUGUGGAGUUCGAGACUCCAGAGGAGGCCCAGAAGGCCCUGAAACACAUGGAUGGUGGUCAGAUUGAUGGUCAGGAGAUCACCACCUCUGCCGUGUUGGCUCCAAGGAUACGCCCUCCCCUCGUAGACAGUCACCCCCACGCAGAAUGCCCCCACCUCCCCCAUGUGGCGCCGCACCCCACCUCGCAUGAGGAGAAGUGUUGGCCCCCGAGCCCUGGUGGGUCUGAUGGCCCUGGUGGGUCUGAUGGCCCUGGUCUGAUGGCCCGAGCCCUGGUGGGUCUGAUGGCCCUGGUGGGUCUGAUGGCCCGAGCCCUGGUGGGUCUGAUGGCCCUGGUGGGUCUGAUGGCCCUGGUGGGUCUGAUGGCCCUGGUGGGUCUGAUGGCCCGAGCCCUGGUGGUCUGA